CUGUUAAUGCGCAUGUCCCCGGAGGCGGCUGGGAGAACUGCGCAUGCCCGAAGUGGGGUGAGGCGGACAGGGAGCCGCACGGCGGAGGCGGGGCUUCGGUGGCUUCUGGUGCUCUGGCGUGAUCUCUGCCUGGCUGCGGGGAUGGCGGGGAGGGGGAAGCUCAUCGCAGUGAUCGGAGACGAGGACACGGUGACUGGUUUCCUGCUGGGCGGCAUAGGAGAGCUUAACAAGAACCGCCACCCCAAUUUCCUGGUGGUGGAGAAGGAUACAACCAUCAAUGAGAUCGAAGACACUUUCCGGCAGUUUCUACACCGGGACGACAUUGGCAUCAUCCUCAUCAACCAGUACAUUGCAGAGAUGGUGCGGCACGCCCUGGAUGCCCACCAACACUCCAUCCCAGCUGUCCUGGAGAUCCCCUCCAAGGAACACCCGUAUGACGCCGCCAAGGACUCCAUCCUGCGCAGGGCCAGGGGCAUGUUCACUGCCGAAGACCUUCGCUAGGGGACUCCUCACAGCCCUCAACCCUUCCCUCAUUUCCAGGCCUCUCCCCAGCCUUGCCAUCAGCCUCUUUACAUUUUGAGCCUCUGAUUUCCAAUUCCUUGCCCCUUCCCACUCCAUAAAGAGGCUAAGUGAGGCACUUCUAGGUUGCUGGGGCUCUGCUGUAAAAUCAAGGCUGGUUAAGGAACAGGAGCCUGACCAUCUUCUGUCCACUACCUCUCCCCUGUGCUGUUACACGGUGUCAUUGUUGAUGUUAAAUUAAAGUCAUAUUACUGCUUCUCUCC